UUAACACCCCCAACACAACACCUGGUACGAGAGUGUUGGUGAUGGCGGCCGUGUUGGAGGUGUUACUGCAGGGUCAUGUUUCUCCCCACCACUUGCUGCUCUGGCUCCAUGGCACUCCUGUGGGUGGAGUAUUAGAGGAUUUGUCACAUCUCAGAGUGGAAUUUGUUCCAGUUUUCCUGAACUUCCUUCGUGACCAGUCAAGCAUUGUGCUACAAGCUGGCAUCCAUUCUGGCACAACUCCCACCAAAGCCCCAAGCUCAGUUCGGGCGACUAAAUAUGUAUCUCCUGGCAAGGACCAUAGUCUCCGCACUCGCUCGCGAAAGCAUCCUUUGGUGUUCAAGGGCAAAACACUUCAGUUCUCAGACACUGACAUUAAGGGUACACCAUCAAAUGCUCAACAAGAAGUACAGUCUACAAAUGUGGACCAACUUCUUGAGACCAACUCUGCCUUCAAUUCCACUGUGGAUACCAGUCCUCCUGCAAUGGUCCCUUCUGGCUGUGCAUCAAAUUCUUCUAGUCCUGUUUCUCGUACUAAUUCAAAACAAGGGAGAUAUAACACGUCUACGCCUCGUCGUAAUGGAUAUGGCAUCACUCCCAAGUUUGACUCUCUAAGACUUUCACCUCAUGAACGUCACCAUCGUGGCAAGCGCCAAAACUUGGAAGGCAGUGAUCAUGAAGGAAAGUGGGAUCACAGUUUUGAGGUAAAACACAGUGAGCAGAGACUUAGCUUAGGAGAUUUCAUCACUACUGACAUAAAACUUGCAGAUAAAAGGAAGAGUCCAUUACCAAGGGAUAAAAAUAGAUCACCUGUUGGAAGAGCCAGUGUGGGGUGGUCACUUCGUCAUCAAGAAAUGCCUAAGAUCCUAGAUAUUGGUGAUGAAGAAGCUUUUCCUAUGGUAGGGAGCACUCCAGUUCAAGAUAAACAGCAGAAACGAAGAAUUAACCCAACUCGCAUUGUGGCCGCUUCCUCAAGUCAGCAAAGUAAGACUUCUCUGUUUUCUCAGAAUCCCAAGACAGUAUUUGGUGUUCCUCUGAGCAAAUCACCAAGCAGUUCAUUUUUGGCAAGUGAAGAAGGAAGCAGCAAAAGUAUGGAGAAAGAACGGGAGUUGUUGCGGCAGGAAAGACUCAGGCGGAUUGAAACUGGUGAAGAUGUAAGUGGCAGUGUAAAGAAUGAUAAAAGGAAACAGUCACCUACAAGCCAAAUUCAACAAAAAUUGCCAGAUAAGACUACCAAUUACAUCCAAGCAUCUCCUGAUCUAGUCAGCAAUAGAAGCUGUCUUGACAUUCUUAGUGAGGUAUAUGCUGAACUUAUAUUGUAUAAUAUGGCACCUAGUGUUAUGGUGGAAUUGUACUAUUUGAUACAGUUGCUAACAGUUCGAGUGAUAUUGGGUUCGGAAGUAGAAAGAGGAGAACAGUGUGACAAAUUCUUCCUCGAUACUCCACACAACUGUGUUUAUUUUGCUACAAAGGUACUCUUAUUGAUAACAGAACUUGUGAAGCUUUUGGACAAAGGCACAAUCAAACUAUUAUCAGAAAAUCCUUGUAUUCUUCAGUUUUCAAGUGAAUUGCAGAAAAAUCUUCUUUUAUUUCUUCAAAGUCCUUCACGAGCCCCCAUGCUACAUCUGGCCGCCAAAUCACCUAUCGGGGGUGUCUCAUUUCAGACAGACACAGAUAACAGAAAUAACUUUCCCAGUGAUCAAGCGUUUCAUAUUUUUCGGAAGCAAAGAGAUUUAUUUUAUGAGAUGCUUCGUAUUUGGGAAGAAAAUCACCUCACGCCUGGUUGGUUGUAUGCACAAGGACUAGGGUCACGGAUUCGCCAGUUGUUGUCUCUUCGUCCAAACUCUGCAAACUUUACACAUUUUGCCCGACUUUUCCAAUCUCAGCUACUCAACAUGUGUCGGGGUGAUGAUGAUGAGUCUCACUUACAACAGGACUCUGAAGGCUUUGGCUUCCUAACUCUCCUGAAAAAGCAGCAUCCAGAGAAAUACAAGCGCCUGUAUGAGCGUCUCGUGACUCCUUCGAAGCUUGGUGGUCCAUGUCCUCCUCCAUCUUUUCCAGGGUCACAGGAGUUUUUUAGAGAUUUCAUCCUCACUGCAUCCAAUUUUAUCUUCAACCAGCAUCUGAAGGAUGUGCUUAUCAGCCACAUACUGAUACUUAGUGAAAGAGAAUUUAUCAUCUUAGAGCCAGAGGAUGGAGACUGUGCAGAAGCACGUUCUGUUGUGCUGAAUCUUCGAAUCCUGGCGAAAUUCCUGGGCUUCUUAGAAUUUCUACCAUACCAGACAUCAGAGCAUAUUCCAGAGAGUGUCAUGGCUACUCAUAUAUCCCUCCGGAGUAAGGUGUGCCCUCCUCUGAAAAUCUGUGAAGCAUUAAGGCAGUGUGCCAUCUCUGGUCAGCUGGUGGUUGCUGUGACAUGGGUGGUGGAGUUCCUCAGCAUGGUUGACCCUGUAGCUUUACAUUCACGACACUAUCUCACUGUUGUCAUGACGCUAAUAGCAAUAUUCAAGCUGCUCUAUAUUAUGAGACCUGAGGAGUCUGCUGGGUGUCCAGCUUGUGGUGCUUCUUCCCCAGCUAGAAGUUUUUCACCUUUAAAUAGUCUGCUUCUCAAGCUGCUUCUUGGUUGGUUAUUUGAUCUGCCCAACUUCCCUGAUGGACUCUUCUUUGUUGAUGUUGCAGAAGCAGAUAUUGACCACUGGGAGUAUAGCCAAACACUGCAAGUUCUUAAUGUUAACUAUAAAUGCUUGUGUGUUGCUUGUUUGAGAUUGAUGUUGGUUCCCUCUAGCAACAGGAUGGAUAAAAGUGCUACACUGGUUGAUGGCACCUCUUCUCAAAGGACAGUCUCUCCUGUCAGAGAUUUUACUGCUACAAAGGAUCCUGCACAAACACUCAUAAAAACUCCUUCAAAACAAAAGUUACAAGGAUCAUUGAUGUCACCAACUAAAACUCCCUCCAAAUUCUUGUUGGUCAGCAUGCUAGAGAGCCCACAAACCACACCUCUCAAGGCCUCUGACACCCAGAUUGUGGCUCAACACAUGCAUCACCUAGAUGAAUUAGAUUUUGUUGAUCACCAGAUGAUCACACUCUGCUGUCCAUUUAUAAGUGAACUAAAGAACUUGUUAAGUGAUUACUGGUGUGGUGUGGGCUCCAACAAUGUAAAUAGUUAUCGUAAAAUCACUCCACUUUCUGCGUCUGACAGAACAUCUUCAUCCCAGUCACAGAUGCAACUACAGCUGCAGUUAGAGGACAACUUCUUCCACAAUCACCACUCUUCAGUCCGUAAAACUACAGACUUUGUAAUUGAGCGAUUAUCUUCUAAUGUCAUCAAGAAUAUUCGAACUAAAAUCAUCCCAGAGCUACGAAUAUCUGCUAUAGAAAAGUUAAAAGAAUUUAUUGAUGAUCGGAUACAAAGUACUCCUCCCUCAGUGGAGUGGACAAGAGAUGGAGUACAAAAACGUAUAGUGGAAUUGAGUCAAGAGAUGACGUUACAAAUGAAGACCAAGUGCUUUGAACUUGCCCGCCAAGAAUGUAGUGAUCAGAUCCUGCCGGCUCUCUCAUUACUUCUUCCAGGGGACGUCACUCCACAGGGAGUGGAGGUAUGUAAGAAGUUGGUGACACGAUGUAGCAAGGAUAAAGUGCUUGCUUGGAUACAGUCUCACCUGACUCCUACACUAUUUUCCAAGGACCUCACAGCUGAUAGUGAACGCCUUCUUCGUCAGGCUCAGAAAGCUGCUGACCUUCAAAUAACCACACUGGAAGCUUCAUACAGUGACAUGUCAUUAUCCAACCUGGAAUUGUCUGAAGUGUCUGGAGCCUCAGGGACAGAAAAUUCUUCUGUUGCCAACCAGUCAGGACCUUCACUGUUAGACUGUCAUUUGAAUUCUCCAACCAACCAACCAAGCCAAAUGAAAAUUAUACCCAAGAAUGGUUCUGGAGAGAUUGGGUGUGUGCCAACAGCUGCUACAGAGCACGACCAUCUUGUACCUUCACCAUCCCAAGUCCUUACAUCUUUAAAAGAAAUGGUACGUGUAUUAACAGUAACCCACACAGGGAAGUUACUGAACACUGUCAGUGAGCAGCAAAUUCAGCUAGUAUUGGAGGACAUUCGCAGCACUCUCACCAAACGACAAGACGUAACUUUAGCUGUUUUUCGGGCUCUGGAAAUUCUCACCACAGACUUUGCUGUAGCUAUUGCUGCUUGUGUUCCCAAUCUGAUGAACUCAGACACACAGAAAAUAUUUGUGUCUUUAUGGAAGCCAAGGAAGGACGAGGGAGUGAUACCAAUGCCAGGAUGCCUCAACUCACUUCUGUGUCCCCGCACAAUCAUGCUAGUUGCUCAGAACCCUCUGGCAAGCCAUCAGAAAUUAGCCUGGAGACGACUGGGAGAAUUCAUCUCUUUACUGAUAUCGUGUGAGCUACUGACUCCUGCAAGUGUACUGGAUCAGUGUGUUGCCCUACUCAGACACACUUGGCCUCAGGAAAUUCUAUCUGGUAUAUCAUCCUGCAUUGAAGGAAUCUCUCAAACAGCUCUGAAGGAGAGGGCUUUUCAAGAUGACCCCACACUCCUGCAGAUGCUUGAUUGGGUGGGUUGGGUGUGCGAUCAAAUGGAUGAUUUUUCAGAUACAAUUUAAGCAGUAAAUUAAAAUAAUAAAGCUUCAUUUGCUGUGAUAAGAAUUACUAUUAACCUUCCCUAUUAUCUCCAUAUUGUGGGUAAGAAAGAUUCAGCUUUCUUGAUCACAAUAAUACAACCAGCCAAAGCCUAAAGAAAUACUUCUGGACAAACAUGGUUAUGGACCAGGCCAUGGAGGCAUUGA